AUGGGUGAAUUCUUGCUCAAGACCAAGAGCUCAUCGGAAGUGACGCACUUUUUCUUCAAACUGGUUGGCGUCUUUUUCAGUUUUCUGACCUGGACCUUCGGCAUAGGCUUAGCCAACAGCAGGUCCUGGCGUGUGUGGGAGUUUCACAGUGAGACUGUUCCCGUCAUGUUCCUCGGCCUCUGGGAAGCUUUCUAUUUUCAGAAGUUCAACAUCUCCGGCUCAGCGGUCGAGCUGCCGGUGCAGAGUUCCAUCAACGAGAGCUGGGUCAUCCCCGACGAGAUCAGGUACGGGCAGGACCUGAUGCUGCUGGCCAAUUUACUCAAGUCGGUCGUCCUGGUUUGCAGCUCACUGGCCAUCCUGGUCACCUGGGUCCGCGCCCCGUACCCGCAUUUCCUCCGCACGUGCUACAAUCUCUCCGCCUUCUUCCUCUGCCUCGGCUCUGGCUGUACGGUGGGCACAGUGAGCUGGAACGUCAUCGUGGAUUUCCACGGGGAAACCACCCUGGAGUUCCCGCUCAGCUUUCCUAUCGAUAAAGACGUCCUGAAAAAGAAGCACCUCUCCUACGUGCUACCGCUAGGGAUCCUGACCGGCUCCAUGUCCCUCAUGAGUGCCGGCAUCUUCCUCUACCAGACAGAUUAUUUGGUGAAGCUGAACCAAGUGAAACCCAUGAUGGAGGCCAAAUUAGUCAGCCUGGCGGUCACUGCAAGCCCAUCUUCGCUAACGGGACUUCCCAACGAGUGA